UUCUGCUGUUGCGGAGCCAAGAUGGCGGAGUGUGCAGCUGCCGCUUUGGUGUAUUCUAACUGACUUGAGGGCAAGAUGGCAGCUUCAGCGGAAGACGAGUUUGAGGAUGCGCCUGAUGUAGAGCCUUUAGAGCCGACAUUAAAGAAUAUUAUUGAGCAGAAAUCACUCAAAUGGAUAUUUGUGGGUGGUAAAGGUGGCGUGGGCAAGACAACAUGCAGCUGCAGUCUGGCGGUUCAGUUAGCAGCGGUGCGAGAGAGCGUCCUCAUCAUCUCCACAGAUCCAGCACACAACAUCUCAGACGCCUUCGACCAGAAGUUCUCCAAAGUGCCCACCAAAGUCAAGGGCUACGACAACCUGUUUGCCAUGGAGAUCGACCCCAGUCUGGGUGUGGCGGAGCUCCCCGAUGAGUUCUUCGAGGAGGACAACAUGCUCAGUAUGGGGAAGAAGAUGAUGCAGGAAGCCAUGAGCGCUUUUCCUGGCAUCGAUGAGGCCAUGAGCUACGCAGAGGUCAUGAGGUUAGUGAAAGGCAUGAAUUUUUCGGUGGUGGUGUUUGACACGGCUCCUACCGGACACACUCUGCGUCUGCUCAACUUCCCCACCAUCGUGGAGCGAGGACUGGGCCGCCUCAUGCAGAUCAAGAACCAGAUCAGCCCCUUCAUCUCACAGAUGUGUAACAUGUUGGGUCUUGGAGACAUGAACGCAGAUCAGCUGGCGUCUAAACUGGAAGAGACGCUCCCCGUCAUCCGCUCAGUCAGCGAGCAGUUUAAAGACCCGGAGCAGACGACGUUUAUCUGCGUGUGCAUCGCAGAGUUCCUGUCUCUGUAUGAGACGGAGCGUUUGAUUCAGGAGCUGGCCAAGUGUCGCAUCGACACACACAACAUUAUCGUCAACCAGCUGGUGUUCCCUGACAGCGAGCGGCCCUGCAAGAUGUGUGAAGCCCGACACAAGAUUCAGUCCAAGUAUCUGGACCAGAUGGAGGAUUUAUAUGAAGAUUUCCACAUAGUGAAGUUGCCUCUGCUGCCUCACGAGGUUCGAGGAGCGGACAAGGUCAAUACUUUCUCCAAGCAGCUGCUGGAUCCCUACAGUCCGCCCAAGAAGUGACUGAAAUGAUUUCCACGGAUCAAACACUACCCAUCGCAUCCCUCGUCCCUGAUACACACAUCCCUCUGGUGUUGGCAUCUCCUCACCUUUAUUUUCCCCCCUCUCUCUCUCUCUCUCUCUCUCUGGUUUUCUGAUCAUAUUGCCAUAUUGCUCCAGUGACCCAUUAUGAAUGUCGGCUGAGAGUUAAAGGCCCUGUUUAGAAACAAAGUCUUGAUGGUUAAGUUGCUUUUUAAUGAUGUAUUUAAGCUUAAGAAACACUCAUUCCUGAUGCGUGUUUGAGAAAAGAGAUUCAUAUUGAGAUCACCACAGGAAUGUAGAUCUGGACUCUGAUUCAGUGCUUGAACAGGAGUAUUAUCAGUGUAAAUGUCUGUCACUAGCUCAGUUUUACCCGGAACAUCUGAUUUAGGAUCAGUGAAUGAUACCGUAAACUUUUGUUUUAGAUUCCGGUCAAUGUUAAUAGUCUUUAUUUUGGUUCCUGAUGUGGGCUGCAUUUCCCAAAAGCAUCGUAAACCUAAGUACUUCAUCGACCCAUUGCCAUCAGUGGAGCUACAGUCAACUUAGGCUUACGAUGUAUUUGGGAAAGGCAGCCCUGGUCAGUAUUGAUGUUCAAAGAGAGGGUCCAACAUGGUGGAUGAUGCAUAUUUAGUGAGUUAAAGGGAUGGUUCACGCCCAAAAAAUAUAAUUUUACCAUUUAUUUUUUACUCACUCUUUCAUGUUGUUCCAAACCCUAGACUUUUAAUGCAGUUAAAAAUUCUCUCGUUGUGUUUCAUGCAAAAACUACAAACUGCGUACAUGCUUGUAAAAACAAGGGUGAGUAAAUAAUGACUACAUUUUCAUUUUUGGGUGAACUAUGCCUUUAAAUGUAGAGGUAAUCGACUAAUAUUUGCAGUGAACCAAACUGUAAUUACUUGUACAAACAUUGUGAUUCAGUUGAUCUAAUUUAAUUUUUGCAGUAAAAGUGAAGCAUAUAUUUAGACUUAAGAUCAUUUCCGUUCACAUACAGUAGUCUUUAACAUUUAUUUGAGACAUGUCUGUUUCCGGUUCUGGGUUGUGAAGCAUAUGUAGAUGCGUUGUUCUUCCUCUCACUUCGGUUCUUCUUAUCAUUUGGCGGUAAUGUCUGCAUGCAUCAAAACACAGGAACACACACAGGAUCAGGAGCUGGUUUAAAUCUACUCCAACCUGUCUGUCUACAGAGAUGACUAUUAGACAAUACCAUACCACGCUGGUUAAGUGUGUUUUCCUGCUUUUAUCAUCCUGUGAUUUGCAGUGGGCUCCUUAGUUCAUGAAAACCGGGUACAAGAACUCACAAGCCCGACCGAAAGAUUUGCAUCUUUAAUCAGUCAUUAGUCGGUUUUGCCAGUUUCUUUGUUCUCCUAUAACUUGUUACUGCCUUUGCAGAGUUGGCUUCUUUUUCUAGAAGCACACCAAGUUUCAAAGCAAAUAAAACACUAUCCUCCAUCUACUGCA